AUGGCCUCCGCCCUGCUGGCCGGACGGGGCGGGGCGCACCACCACAGCUGGGGGGAGACGCGCGCCCCGCUCGCGCCCAUCCCGCCCAACCCUAGCCCCACCCAGCCCCACCCGCGCGGCGACGGGUCCAAGUCCAAGCCCAAGCCGCGGGCGGCGGCGGCCUCCUCGCCGGCGGCCGGCUAUGUGACGUUCCGCCCGUCCUCCCUGGGCCUGCGCGAGGCCCGCGAGCUCCGGGACCGCCUCGCGGGGGAGCUGGGCCAGGUCCGCGCCCUCCUCUCCCGCAUCGACACCUGGCAGCAGCAGGGCCCGCCGCCGCCGCCGCCGCCCGCGAAGCAGCAGCUCCGCGGCGAGAUGCGGAAGCGGUGCGGCCAGAUCCUCACCAGGCUGCGCAAGGACAAGCGGAGCGUGUGGUUCAACGCGCCCGUCGAGGUGGAGCGACUCGGCCUCCACGACUACCACGCCGUCAUCAAGCGCCCCAUGGAUCUCGGCACCGUCAAGGAGAACCUCGCCGCCGGGAGGUACGCCUCCCACGACGACUUCGCGGCCGACGUCCGCCUCACCUUCACCAACGCGCUGCGGUACAACCCCGUCGGCCAUGAGGUCCACACGUUCGCUGGCGCCCUCCUCGCCUACUUCGAGAGGAUGUGCAAGGAGGUGCUCGCCUCUUUCGAGGAAGAGUGCAGACGCCUUGAACCGCCAAGGCCUGUGGCGGCAGAGUUGCCACCUCCACCGACAGCUGAGCCUGUUGAGGCGAAGGUUAAGCCGAGAGCAGGGAAUGUGAGGAUGCGGAAGCCCAAGGCGAGGGAGCCGAACAAGAGGGAGAUGAGCCUGGAGGAGAAGAACAUGCUCAGGAUUGGGCUGGAGAGUUUGCCUGAGGAGAAGAUGCAUAAUGUGCUUCAGAUUGUGCGGAAGAGGAACAACAACCCGGAGAUGCUUGGGGAUGAGAUCGAGCUUGAUAUUGAUGAGAUGGAUGUUGAGACACAGUGGGAGCUUGAUCGUUUUGUAACUAACUUCAACAAGGCGCUCAAGAAGUCUCAGCGUGCUGCCAUGAUGAAUGGUGGCGUUGCUGAUGUAACCAGUGCUGCUGUGGCUGAGGAUGACACAGCACCUGUGGGCCAUGUGCCUGCAUUGGUCGACAAUGAUGAUGCGGAGAGUGAGAAACCUGUGAAGAGCACUGCAAUGGCUGAGCAGGUGGAUGAGUAUGUUGAUAUUGGGGAUGAGAUGCCAACAGCCACUUACCAAUCCAUGGAGAUCGAGAAGGACGCUGAAGGUGUGACUGGCUCUGGUGGUUCUGGCAGUGGCUCUUCAUCGUCCAGUGGUUCUGAGUCGAGGAGCUCAGGGGACAGUGCCUCAGGAGCUGGCAAUGCUCAUUCUUUGGCUUAG